AUGCUGCAUGGCCAUCGUGUUGCUCUCCAGCCCGAGUUCCCCGGUCUCGACGACGACUACAUAGCAGCAGUUUUCCGUCGCCAUCAAAGUCACCAAAACAUCAUCAUGUCGUCUCUGCGUGACACAAGCAUCCAACUUGACUCGGAGCCAGCUGGUGCAAGCAAAGCCAAAAGAAUGGCUGCAGACUCGCCGCCUCCAGCCAAGAAAUUCAAGGCCACCACCGAACACAGCUCCCAGCACCUGGACUACACGCACGUCCCUGCUGGCAAGUUGGAAGUGUCAGACACGGCCAAGAACAGUCCAGGUGCACAUCAACAGCCACUACAACUCUCCUACCAUACCGGCGACCUGUUCGCAGAUGCCCCGAGAGGCUCGGUGCUGGUCCAUGCAUGCAACACGCAAGGCCACUGGGGCGCUGGCAUUGCAAAAGCCUUCAAGAACAUCUACCCGCAAGCACAUGCUGACCACAACCAAUUCUGCACCAAAGGUCACACAAAGGCGCGCCCGGUACCAACAGGAACAGCACAGCUUCUGGCGCCGCGCGAUGGAGAUGCGCAGCACUGGAUUGGCUGCCUCUUCACGAGCGCAAAGUACGGCAAGGGCAAGGACAAGCCGGACGUGAUUGUUCGCCACACAAUCGAAUCUAUGCAGAUGCUGCUGGAGCUGAUCAGCCAGGUGAAGGAUGAGAUCACAGAGGUGCGCAUUUGCAAGAUCAACAGCGGCAAGUUUGGCGUUGCUUGGGAGAGGACGGAGGAAGCCUUGGGGAGCAUUGUCUUGAAGUCAGGGUGGCGUGCGAGGAUUGAGGUUUGGGAGCCGGCAGAGUGA